AUGCCACUGCCUUCCAUUCGCAGGACCCCUAUCGACGAAUUCAACCGUUCCCAGCCGCUGUUAACGCUCGCGUUCCCUACCCUCUACCCUGACGGCAAGGCCGACUUCGUGGAGCCUCGCUUACGGAGCAUCACGUAUCAGGACUACCUUGGCCAUGCGAUGAGAUGGCAUGACGGACGUUUUGCCCGCCAUAAGACGUGGCCUUUCGUCGCCCUCAACACGAUGUUACAGGAAGCGAUGGCUGAGCCUGACGAACCGGAGGCUCAGGCCCUGAUCCAGUCAAUCACGCGCCAAGCCGCGGUAAUCAGGGGCACCCGGCCGUAUUGGUAUAAGCAAAGGAAGGAAUUGGAAGCAUAUGCCUAUAAUCUAGGCAAGCCUGGCCUUUUCGCUACUGCAAGCGCAGCCGAUUACCACUGGGAAUCCCUAUACCGUCAUAUGCCUCGAUUUGACGAGUGGCAAACAGCUCCUGAGGUGGCGCGGAUGGCUCUAUCCCGGCAACUGCUGCGGGACAACGCCCACAUCGCCGCUUACCACUUCCAUAAGCGUUAUACGCUAUUUAGGACUAUUGUCCUGAAGCAGAAGUUCAACCUAACGGACUCUUGGGGCCGCUACGAGUGGCAGGGCAGGGGUUCCAGUCACCACCACGGCCUAUCUUGGCUAAGUGGCCACCCAGACUUAGAUGCCGACAACGAUCAGUCCCGGGAGCAAUUCGCCCGCAUCUGGGGAUAUCACGUAUCUGCUGUCAACCCAGAGCCUCAGCGAAUACAGGGCGCGCGGAACGAUGGCCAGAUUAACCACUACAACCGCUUGCUUACCGUUGCGUGGCUAGCCAAUACAGAUGUUUCGCCCUGCACGAGCCUCCAGCAGGUAAUCGAUUACGCGGCCAAAUACUGCUCCAAGUCGGAAAAGAAGAGCGAGUCUUUUGCCCAGAUCGGAAGGCCCUGA